CAAUCACGGAAGUCAGGUCUCUCCAGGGACACAGCUCUCACCCCAGACUCUCCUGGAAGACUGGACCCUCACAAUAUUGGGCAAAUAUUUGAGAAGCCACUGAUAACAGAGGGCUGGCACAUUCCGAUUUACAGGUUUCUGGAGGGAUCUGGUCAAUACCUUGGAGGACCCCAAGGACUUAGCAUUCCUAUGGACAAGAAAGUGGCGUCAGGAUGGUGACAAAUCUUGAAGUUACUUGGUAACGACAGAAGUUAGACACUACAGAUAUGAAAGAGGAGGCAGACAAUUCACGGAUAUAGCUGGAUUUCAUUCUGGUUCUCGGGAGAAGACGGGGAUUUUCUCGAGGAGUUCAAGCCACUCCGAGCGCCUGGGACACUGACACCUCAAGAUAAUGGAACCUGUGAGGACGCCAUGGCAGGAGCACUUGCUACAUUUCGAUCCAAUGAUAUACGCAGAGGUGAAAUGGGACUUUGUGCUGGUGUGUGAAAGCAGUUCUCUCGACAGCGAGGCUGAGGAGAAGAGGCGGCAGUACAUGUCUGAACUGGAAAAGAAGCACUUCAAGAUAAAGAAAUCUAAAGAUGGGAAAAAGACUUUUUAUGGGGUGCGGGCACCUCCCGAUAUUUUCAGGAAAUACGUCAGGCUUCUCAAGAAUCCAGACCAAGGCUGCACAAAUCUGGUUGAUGAACAUGUUUCUGAAACGAGCAGGAUUCGCAUUGUUAAUUUUAUUCUACUCAAAACCAGUAUUCAAUCAGGAGAGACCUUAGAUGAUCUAAUAAAAAUAAAAGUUUUUGAAACCGCUUUCCCUUUGCACACUCUGAAUGAAACAACUGGCAAAAAUCUAAAAGAAAAGUGGGCAAGAUGGCGGGAUGUCAUUUACAAGCAGCCUGUGCAGCAAAUCAGGGAGUAUUUUGGCGAGAAGGUGGCGCUAUAUUUUGCGUGGCUUGGCUGGUACACCCUUAUGCUGUGUCCUGCGGCUAUAGUUGGAGUAGUGGUCUUCUUUUAUGGGUUUGUGCAUUUCAAUUCCAGCAAAAUCACCCAGGAGAUUUGCUCAGCGAACGCAACAUUGAUGUGUCCUCUCUGUGAUCAGAAUUGCCCAUACUGGCCAUUAUCUGACACUUGUACAUAUGCAAAGGUUACACAUUUAUUUGACAAUGAGGGCACAGUGUUCUUCGCUAUGUUUAUGGCAGUGUGGGCUACUGUAUUCUUGGAGCUCUGGAAGAGGCAGAGAGCAAGAGAUGCUUCAUGGUGGAACCUGUACAGCUGGGAUGAGGAUGAGGAGGAGUUGGCUUUGGAACUGAUCAAUAAUCCAGAAUGCGACAUUCAGAUGCACCAACAUUCAUUCCUGCGUUCUACUGUAGUCCUAUUGGGAGUGGCUGCUAUGAUAGCCAUUCUGAUUGGGAUAGCGCAAGCUCUAGUGGUAUACCGAGUUGUGGCGACCGUGUUCUUCAUGCGUUCGUCUUGGCAUUUUCUAAGUGAGCAUGCCAAUACUGCCGCUGUGAUGUCUGGAGCUGUACUUCAUUAUCUCACCAUUGUCAGCAUGACCAAGGUGAAUCGGAUGGUCUCCACUUAUUUAUGUAAUUUGGAGAAACCUCGGACUUUUACGGAACGAGAAAACAGCUUCACAACAAAAGUGUUUACAUUUCAAUUUGUCACCCACUUCUCAUCCCUCUUCUAUGUGGCGUUCUUCCUGGGAAGGAUUAAUGGAUACCCAGGAAACUACAUACGCAUUGCUGGAGAGUGGAGGCUCGAAGAGUGUCACCCAAGUGGAUGCAUUACCGACCUGUUUAUACAAAUGUGUAUCAUCAUGAUCCUUAAACAGACGCUCAGCAACUGCAUGGAAUUUCUGUCCCCAUUCCUAAAACAUAAGAUUCGUACAUUGAAGGACAGGCGUAGUAGGGUGCACAGUGAGCAGGGAUCCGGGGACCAUGUAACGGAAGCGUGGAGAGCCAAUUACAGGCUUGGUGAAGUCCAUAUCUUCAGUUUGUUUGAUGAGUUUCUAGAAAUGGUUAUUCAAUACAGUUUCACGACCAUCUUUGUGGCUGCCUUCCCUCUUGCCCCACUCCUCGCCUUCAUCAACAAUGUGCUGGAAAUCCGCCUUGAUGCCAUCAAAAUGACUCGCUUGCAGCGCCGCCUGGUGCCAAGAAAAGUAAAUGACAUAGGUAUCUGGUUGCAAGUUCUAGAAGCAGUGGGGGUUCUCGCGGUCAUCACGAAUGGUCUGGUCAUUGCAAUCACAUCUGACUUCAUCCCUAGGCUCAUUUAUAAAUAUGCAUAUGGGCCGUGUGCACAGGGGCAAGAGGAUAUAGACUGUCUCACCGGAUACAUUAACCAGAGUCUAUCAACAUUUCGUACACAAGACUUUGACAGGAGGACGCAUGUGUUAGUGGACGUGUACCCAAACACCACAGAGUGCAGAUAUCGUGAUUAUCGUAAUACUGACUACAGUUUCUCGGUGCAAUUCUGGCAUAUCUUUGCUGCUCGGCUUGCAUUUGUCAUCGUAUUUGAGCACGUGGCUGUAUGCAUAAAGUUUAUUGCUGCCUGGUUUGUACCAGACGUCCCUCAAUCCGUGAAGAAUGCUAGCCUACAGCAGAAGCAUACACAUCUUCUGGAUCAGCUUGGAGAGAUGCCAGAGGAGACUGAUGAGCAUAACAGCUCUCCCCACCCUUACAGAAACCUACUAGUGGACCUCAGUAUGAUAGAGCGUUCAACAGAAGUUUAAUACCAAUAAAAGGGCCUACAUAAUGACCUGGAGAUGCCCAGACCUGACGUGAUGCGCCGGAGAGCCUAACGUAUUACAUUUACUAAUCUG